GUGAGGGGCAAACUUUUCUUCGGCGUUCCAACAUGACUGAAAACAACGACAACGGCAAAUACGAUUUGGCACGCCUGCAAGCAGAACUGGAGCAAGAGAGGGACCUGAAAGAAAUGCUUGAGGAGUCCGUGACAGAUCUGCGCAGUACUAUGGGUGAACUGCAAGAAAGACUGCACAGUGUUGACGGUGAAGGAAACGAGUGGAAGACACGGUAUGAGACGCAGAUUGAAUUAAAUGGACAGUUGGACCGUCAGAUGUCAAUUAUUCAUGAGAGACUGGAGGAACUGCGAGGAAACCCCAUGGAUCGAUUGGCCUCCAUCAGAACCUAUGAUGACAUGCCAGUAGAAACCCUGAGACAGCGCCUGAAGCUCCUGACGGAAGAGAAGUCCGACCUCCAGAGUCAGCUCAUGGACUGUCAUGGCAGUAUUGAACAGGAAGCAAAGGCCUUCCAUAAAACCAAUGAUGAGAGGCGGGCAUAUCUUUCUGAAAUAGCUAAGCUCUCCGCCGAAGCCCAGAGAAGACAGUACUCCUUCCAGCCACAGGGGGCAGUAGAGAGCAAACCGAGGAGAGGGAGGCAGACCAGCAAGAAGGCAAAGGCUGAUUCUAAGAAAGGGAAACAGAGAGAAGAUGGAGGAGGAGUGUUUGCUCAAGAAGGAGGAGGUGGUGGAGCAACAGCAGAGAGAAGAGAACAAUAUAAUUCCCACAUAGAAAGCAGACUACCCACACUAAAGUACGACCUGAAGCACAAUACUUAACCCAAAUUUUGUGUUAUAUCCUUUUAAAUUAAAAAAAGAGGUUAUCUAACUAACAUUUCUCAAAAGAUGAUUGUCAGACAGGUCAUCUAGCCAUGUGCACCAGUCAGGGCUGUUUUAUCCAGUGUUCCUUUUCAAUUAAUGGGAAAUUACAGUGGUACAAAAUGUCACAUUUAUAUUUGGGGCAUUAUUAUUUCUUUGUUUGAUCAAGAAGGGUGUAGGAGGAAUAGUACAGCCUCCAAAGCUCAGAAGUAGGAGCCUGGCGAGCAUGACAUUUCUUGUGUCACCAACGUUUAAAAAAAACACCUCCUACGACUUGUAUUACGUAAGCAACAGCACAUCCACCACUCUCUGUAGUUCACGCACAGAGCACCCAGUCACCCCCGUCCCACCCACUGGCCGCCUUUACAAACGUAGGUGUAGGAGCUGCACUAGUUGAUCGGAAGCUAUUUUCAUUUGUGUUUUACGAAGAAGUGUGAAGGUUCUUGCCUUAAACCUGAACUGAAAUAACGUCCUGCACCUCAAACUUGGUUUCAUAGGCAAAAAACAGCAAUAAUUAACGUUAUUGUUCAUUGAUAGGUCUUUCACUGUAACGACCUUGUAUUAAUUGGCUCAUGGAUUGUGAUGUAACAUUUGGGGUUUUAGAAUAAAAAGUCCCAGGCUGAGAAUAAUUCAUAAAGGCGCAUUAUGAAUUACCUGCUCUACGACUGCAGUGUUUGCAUGAGCCGGCAUGCAGUGAGCUGUAGUUACAAGGGAACUGGCCUUUAGGGCAAAGGUCAAACCUUGCUGUCAACAAACAUCAGACCAGCUGAACUGUCCAUAACUAUCCCAUUUGGCUUUGAAUGUCUUUCCUGAAGAUGAGAUUGUGAUGAGGAUGUGUUGACAUUAAUGCAGAUGUUUUAUGAUAGAUACCUUUUAAUUUUACAUUUGUAAGUGCUACUUUAAAUAACCCAUGAUCUCACACUGUCAAUAAAUCUUCAUUGUCGCUCACUAAACCAAUUUGACAAAGAAUAACUUGAACACAUCUGUAGUGGAGGGAGUGUUCGUUCCACCUACUUCAUCAGGGGAAUUGAGAU